AAUGACGCCUGACAGUUGCUGUGUUUCUGUGCUGCGAGUGUGACCGCGCACGAGACGACGGCGUGCAACUCGCAGAUAUUCUUCCAUUCGGCGGCUACGCAACUUUCUAUUCGCCGCCUCGAAAAUGUGAAAAAUCGCCACGAAAACACGACAAGUGCCUGGGAAAGUGUGUGAAGAUGUGGUGCACAGUACCGGACUAUAAUUAUCCACUCAAACAUCACAAAUAGUGUAAAAAGUGCAAAAAACUUGUAAAAAAAUAUAUAACACCCGGAAAUAUGCUAUAAACAGUGUAAAAUUCAUAGUUAAUUAAUUUGGGUGGUGGUGAUUCAUCAAAUAGCAACAAGUGGGAGACUUCAACGUGCGUCGAAACAAAUCCAAUACUAAUUGCAUUAAUUAAUCAGUAAUUAUUUAAAGUAACCUUGACAAAGAGUGAUGAGAUGUUGUAGGUACGAAAUAGUGAAUUAGACAAAUUACAAUUCGGCACGAACGCUGCUAAUUUAAGUUCAAUCACAAGUUCAAAAGCGCAAAUUGACGUCACUAAUUGUACAUUACAGGUGCUAAGUGUAAAGCUUUCGAAAUUUUAUCCUCGCAUAAUUUGCGUGCAUAUUCUACACCUCUACACAGCUAAUUGCAGGUGAUUAAGACUUCAAUUGGCAUUAAAACAUUCAUAAAAGUGCUCGAAUGUUUUGGACAUUAACUUAAUGUGAUAACACACUCGUUAACAUCGUGAAAUUCCAAUAGGUACUAAAUACUAAAACGUUAAUGAUACGUCUUUUGGCAAUGUGUGUUUUUACAUAAAUCGAGUGGUACCAUAGCACGCGAUUCGGAGACACGAAAAGAGAAAAAAAGUGAAAUUGGAUGUUUCGGUGUCACGUGUGCAUAACUGUGUUUAACCCGUGUUUGCAUGUGUGUGAAUACACAUCGCAGGUGACGCUGAUAUUGAAAUCACCGAUCGAAGAGAUUUUUUUCGACCGCUUCAUUCACGUGACGCACCGUGGAAUUUGAAAGAUAUAGGAGUAUUAAGUGUGCUAGAAAGUGACGCUUGGCGCACCUCGUUCGGACGUUGUAUGGACUGCCGACGACGGCGACAACGGCAAGGAAGUCGCUCGCCAUUAUGGAGUUGAAGGAACUCUUCGGCAUUGUCGUUCUAGUAUGGAUGUUUACGUGCAGAGGAUGCGGUGCACAGUUGAGCGAGAAUACACCACCGACCAUGUGGCUGGAACGACAUUGGCAAAUUAUGGAGAACGAGGAGAUCGGCACGGUCAUCAUCAGAGUGCACGGUAGUGAUAACGAGGACGACCGUUUGGAGUACGGCUUGGAACCGAAGGCACCCUCGCUUCGCGUGCCUUUCCGCAUUGACAACAAUACGGGCGUUGUCUAUUUGAACGAGUCGCUCAAGGGUCGCUCUGGCGAGAAUUUAUUCCUUUAUGUGACGGUGUCCGAUGGUCACCUCGCCGCCAAAACCGAGGUAUUCGUGAAUAUUGUGAAUACCACCACACGGGGAAGAAAACCAGUCCGGCCGCCAGUCCACCCCUCCAAUUAUCCCUUCAACCUUCCAGGAGCAUCUAUUUACCCACCGCAACUCAAUCCGAAUCCAGCACCUCACAACCCACCGCCGCCUAGUCAACCACCACCACAUGAUAAUACCCACAACACUGGCGUGACCGGCACCCACCUACUGCCGAUAGAUCCGCAUACCUACACGCCGCUAAAUACCAAUUACAGCAAUAAUCGCACGGGCGUUGAUGCAAACGCAGGUAAUGCCACGAAACAAGACUCUGACCAUGGUGUUAGUAAUAAAAAAGAGGGCGAAAACGAGAAUGACAACGAAAUCCUACCGCAUGAUCAACCAGUUAGGUCAGGGGUACAGGAACUAGCAGUGACCUUGGUUCCUGUUAUCUCUGUAUGUGCGAUUUUUAUUGCUGUCGGUGUCAUCGCGUUGUUAUUCAGGAAGAAGUUAUGUUUAGCCAGGAGCAAACAUUGCAAGGAUAAAGAUAUGAGAAAAGACUCUGGCGGAAUAGCGGUGGUUCAGGAAGACCUUGCAAUGCAACAGUGGCGAGGCCCACGAGCUUUCAGCAAUCGUUACGAACCCUGGGAGCGAGACAAUAACAAUCCGCAGCUGGGAGUUAAUCAAAUGGAGGCAGCAAAUGACCGUUGGGAGUUCCCUCGUCAUCGGCUCAAGUUCUUCAACAUUUUGGGCGAGGGCGCGUUUGGGCAAGUGUGGAAAUGUGAAGCCAUCGAUAUCGACGACAAGGAAGGUGUCUCAAUUGUGGCUGUAAAAACCCUGAAAGAAAACGCAAGCGAAAAAGAACGUUUGGAUCUUCAAUCGGAGUUACAGGUUAUGAAAAUGUUGGAACCACAUCCGAAUGUGGUGCGUUUAUUGGGCGCAUGCACGGAGAAGGAUCCUUUGUUUGUUAUUAUGGAAUUCGUAAGCAAAGGCAAGCUCCAAAGUUAUUUGAGAAACUCUAGAGCUGAGAGGUACUACAACAACAUGCACGGUCAGAGUAAAUCUUUGACAUCGCGUGACUUGACAUCUUUUUGCUAUCAAGUAGCGAAAGGAAUGGACUUUUUAGCUUCAAACGGAAUUAUUCAUCGUGAUUUAGCCGCGCGGAACGUGCUAAUUAAUGAUGAGCACACGUGCAAAGUAGCAGACUUUGGUUUUGCUCGCGAUGUGAUUGAUUCGCACGUCUACGAGCGGAAGAGUGAGGGACGUCUUCCCAUUCGGUGGAUGGCUCCUGAAUCCCUCUACGAUAACAUUUUCUCUACAAAAUCAGACGUGUGGAGCUUCGGGGUGUUAAUCUGGGAAGUUGUAACGUUAGGCAGCACACCGUACCCGGGACUGUCAGCUGCUGAAGUCAUGCGCAAAGUACGUGAUGGUUACAGACUCGACAAACCUGAGCACUGUCGACGUGAGUUGUACAAUAUAAUGUACUAUUGCUGGGACAAGGAUCCGAAGCAACGACCUCCAUUCGACGAGUGUAUCCAGCUUUUGGAAAAGCUGCUCAUGACUGAAACCGAUUAUAUCGAGCUGGAGCGCUUUCCCGAUCAUUCCUACUACAAUAUGCUUAACAUCAGCGAUGAAAAGUUGUGAUUCACGAGAACAACAGCAGCAUAUAUUGGUAAAAAGCUUGCACAAGUUUUGUAUUUAUUUAAUAUUUUAUUUUCUAUGGCGAAGAGUGGCCUUUGUUUAUUUUUAUAAUCAACCAAAGUUACAAUAAUUAUUAUUAUAUGUAGUAACAUGACAUUUCAUCGUUUUUGUUUGUAUUUACGAGUAUUAUGUUAACGUAGACAUUUUUAAAUUCAUAAAUCAUGUUAAAAAUUCGCUCGCAAGCAGAUUAACGAUAAGAGAUAAUAGAUAAUUAUUGUUGAAUGUAUUUUAUUAAUUUUAUUUGUAAAUAGACAAUUUUAAAUCAA